CGUCGUGCGUCGCCACCGCCGCCGCGACGUAAAAAUCAAUUUGGACCUUGGCUAGGUGACCGUUCGCUCGGCGCUGCGUCGCGGCUGCUCCGGCGGCUCGAGGCUCGAGAGCAGCACGCUUCCCUUCCGGAGCUGCCGGUCACCUCGCCACCGAGUGAGCGAGCGAGCGAACGAGCGAACGAGCGAGCAAGCGAGCGAGCUAGCUAGCUAACGACCAACCGACCGACCGACUGACUGACUAGCCGACCGACCGACCGACUAGCCGACCGACCGACCGCCUGACCGAUACCGCACCGCGAGCAGUAGCUCAGUCGCGAGUCGUCAACCGAGCGGGUACGCCAGACGGUAGAGAACGCGUCUGCCAGCGAGCGUGUACGCUGACGCGCACACUUACACUUGUCGCACGCGGCCGACCGACCACACUCUCUCUCCGUUCUCCUAUUUCGACGCUCUUCGAUCAUAUCCGAUGUCUGUGCGUUCACGCGGACAAUGAUCCAUGAGGGGAAGAUUCGCAUCUCGCUACGCUGACGAGCAUCGCCGCGGUCGCAGCCUGUUCCAACGUUUAUCCUGCGGAUCUUUUUCCAGCGGGUGCACGCUGCACGAAGCCGGGCGAGCGUAGUUUUGUGCGCGAGGAUGAUGAAACGACACGAGUGGACAAUACGAACCACAUCGAGGGAGUUUGAGCAGUUACGCUUCGAGGAACGUUUGUAAACAGAGAGAAGAGAAGCUCCGGCCGGGUUGUUCCGGUCGAACGAGGAGGGUCGCGGGAGCACCGGCUUCCUGAUCUUCCUCCUAACGUAAACUGUACUGUGCCGUUCCAUAACCAACGGUGUGUCGAUCGAGGACAUAUCGUCGAGAAGGGCGGAAAAAACGGACCAAAGAUUUGGAGCAGGUAGCAUUUUUCAAAGGGAAGAGACGAGUGGUUCUCGGGCGGGACGAGUGGUUCUCGGGCGAGACGAGACGCUCUCGAAAGUUUCCCGGUUUUUUUCGUGGUCGAACACUCGAGGGAUGCACGAGUGGCGUGGAGAAGACAGAUCGGUCAUGGAAGCGUCGAAAUCGCGAUGAAAAUCAUGGCUGAUCGAACGGUCGGAGUAGUAACGGUUUUACGUUAAAUCAGGAGGCUGUGUGCUUUGUAGAGCUGUGGUGUCACGAGGAAGGAGCCCACGGUGUGACGCAUGCGACGUGCCGUCUAUCGCGAGAGCUGUGCGUCGUGGAAAACAUCUGCGCGACCGGUGAAGCUUUUAACUCGUGUGCCUCCCCGCUCUGACGUAUUACGUCGACGAACGGAACCAGCGUGGUCCUUGCGUGCUGUGUGAUCCGCAACGGGCCUCGAGCGAGUAAAAAAAGCUUGCGCGUGCCGAGAACGAUACAGGCUGAAUCAGCACGGCUACGCACUGUUCGCUGACCGUUUCGCGGACUAUGCUCGAGAAUCGCUCGAGACCAGUUCCGUUCGCGAGUCACUUCGGAGAAACCGCGAAAAUAUUCCAAUCGUUGCUGAACGUUGAAAGCCUUCAUUCGCGAUCGAACGUUCGUCGUUGAAGAGUUCUCUUUCUACAUUCGGCUCGGUGUUCGAAUUUAUUCCUUUUAAAACGUUCUUAUCGACGACACUACAACUUGAAGAAUCGAACGCGUGUUAUUUUUGUCAAAGAUUAGUACAACUGGCAGAAGACGGAAAGAAGGUGACAUCGUUGUGCAGUUUCGGUUUCUUUUGGAUGAAAAGGAUAAACAACGAUGAUCCGGUCGACGAGAAUUAAUUGACAAAGAAAGAUAGAAAUAGAUAGAUAAAGAGAGAGAGGGAGAGAGUGGGAGAAAGUGAGAGAGAGAGAGAGAGAGAGCGUGUUUAACCAACACGGGGAGUUUCUACUUGGAAGGUUUGCAUCGAUCACACUCGACGCAACAACGCGUCCGGUACGCGUUGGGUUCGAGAAGCUGUCGUGAAUUCAUUAAAAUAUCACGCUUCGUCGGUCGCCGCGUGGUUCAAACGAGAAUGUUGCCGAGUACGUGGCUGAGCCUCGAUAGGCAGUUUCACGCGUGAAUGAAAGUAGAAAGAGUCGCUCUGUUUUGCACAGCACUCGCGACCUCGACAAUGUAGCAGAGUCGUUUCGAUGAUUCUCGAGGAUACUCUGGAGCAAGAGUCGGAUUGUAACUGUUAAUUCAAUACUACACGUUGCACGCCAAGAUAAGAGACGAGGAAGAACAGGUGGAAGAUCUUGUGCUCGAUACAGAUCUCGACUUUGUCGGAGAGAGAAAGAGGGAAACACGCAGAGAAACGAGUACGAGGCGGAAACUCUCGGUAUCGAUGAUGGUGGAAGGCAAGUUGCCAGGAGACGAUUGGUUGUCGUGGUGCCUGCGUUUCUCUGGUACGAGCUGCUCUUGCUAAUAUCGCGAGUCAAGUGGCAAGUAAACAAAACGAUAAAAGCGAAGGAAUGCCGAAAUACGAUGACGGACUUGGUGGUCGUGCACGAUCUUAGGAUCGCGGUGCCGUUGUCGGCGUCGUCGUCGUUGUCGGCGUCGUCGUCGUCGACACGUAUCUGGUGGGAACGCCGCCGGUGCUGCACGAUCAGCUAAUACAGAUAGAUAGAUCGUUCGAAUCGCGACAGGCCUCGAGCACGACCGGCUGCGCUAGGAGAUUGUCGAGGACUUUUUAACUCGAACGAUCCGUCGAACGAAAGCUUCGAGGAAUUUCCUCUUCUGUUGGUUCCGCUCGAGGACGAGCUAUCACUUUUCCUCCGGCAAUUCCACCCAGUUGAGCUUUAGUCGGGUUAUUUCUUUAGGUGGAUCGAAAAGUAGAAUUCGCGAGGAACACGCGAAGAACAGUGAUCGAGGAGAACACACGAAUGCGAUCAAGGUACGAGAACAGAGAUAACCGAGGAAAACACCAACGCGGAGAUAUACUUGAAGAACGUAAGCCGUCGAAUUACGAAUAUUAAGGCGGCAUUCGGACAUAAAAAUCUUCAUUCGUCGCUCGACGUGCGAAUUGCUGUCGAAAACGCGUAAGCGCGUCUCAUGAACAGAGUCCUUCUAUAUAUAAUCGAAGUCGAGAUAAUCGUUCGCGAAUUAAUUGUUAUGGCGAACUAUGGAACAGUCCGAAGGUGAACGAGACUGAAGAAAAUUGAAAAGGAGUACGGUGAAGAAAUCAAAUUAAUAAAAAUAAUAACGAUAGUAACAAUAACAAAUAAGGAGAAGAGAUAAGAGGAGGGAAGGAAGGUGGACAAAUUUAGUGAAGAGAAAGAAAACUAUUCCACCUUCGAGCAUGGCCUCGGUGGCAGCGUGGCUGCCAUUCGCCCGUGCGGCGGCGAUUGGUUGGGUGCCGAUCGCGACACAUCCACUGCCACCGCCGCCGAUCCCCAAGGAUCGUCGCAAGGCCGAUGACGAGAAGCUGUUGAUAAACGUGAGCGGCCGUCGCUUCGAGACUUGGAGGAACACCCUCGAGAAGUAUCCAGACACUCUUCUCGGUUCGAACGAGCGCGAGUUCUUUUACGACGAGGAGAGCAAGGAGUACUUCUUCGACCGUGAUCCAGACAUCUUUCGUCACAUACUCAACUAUUAUAGAACCGGUAAGCUUCACUACCCGAAGCACGAAUGUCUGACGAGCUACGACGAAGAAUUGGCGUUCUUUGGUAUCCUGCCGGACGUGAUUGGCGAUUGUUGCUACGAAGAUUAUCGCGAUCGGAAACGGGAGAACGCGGAACGUUUGAUGGAUGACAAGCUGAGCGAGAAUGGGGAUCAGAAUCUUCAGCAGCUACUCGACAUCAGGCAAAAGAUGUGGAGGGCAUUUCAGAAUCCACACAUCUCGACGGCGGCUUUGGUAUUUUACUAUGUAACCGGUUUCUUCAUCGCCGUGAGCGUGCUGGCGAACGUGGUCGAGACCGUGCCGUGCGGUAAUCGUCCGGGACGCGCCGGUACGCUUUCAUGCGGCGAACGUUACAAGAUCGUCUUCUUCUGUCUGGACACCGCGUGCGUCAUGAUAUUCACCGCGGAGUAUCUGUUGAGGCUGUUCGCAGCCCCGAGUCGGUGCAAGUUCGCGCGAUCCGUCAUGUCCAUCAUCGACGUGGUCGCCAUUCUCCCGUACUACAUUGGUCUUGGCAUCACCGACAACGACGACGUAUCCGGUGCUUUCGUUACGUUGCGCGUCUUCCGUGUAUUCCGGAUCUUCAAGUUCUCCAGGCACUCGCAAGGUCUAAGGAUUCUUGGUUACACCUUGAAGUCUUGCGCCUCGGAGCUUGGCUUCCUCGUCUUCUCCUUGGCCAUGGCCAUCAUCAUAUUCGCCACAGUGAUGUUCUACGCGGAGAAGAACGUCGAUGGAACGAACUUCACCUCGAUUCCUGCCGCAUUCUGGUACACCAUCGUCACGAUGACUACCUUAGGGUACGGUGACAUGGUUCCGAAAACGAUCGCGGGAAAAAUCGUGGGGGGUGUAUGCUCUCUCAGCGGUGUCCUUGUGAUCGCUUUACCGGUGCCUGUUAUCGUCAGUAAUUUCAGCCGAAUAUAUCACCAGAAUCAGCGGGCUGACAAGCGAAAGGCGCAAAGGAAAGCCAGAUUGGCACGAAUCAGGAUCGCGAAAGCGUCGAGCGGAGCGGCCUUCGUGAGCAAAAAGAAGGCGGCUGAGGCCCGAUUGGCCGCGCAGGAGAGCGGCCUUCAGCUGGACGACAACUACAAGGAGGAGGAUAUUUUCGAACUGCAACAUCAUCAUCUACUUCGUUGUUUAGAGAAGACCACGGAUCGCGAGUUCGUGGAGAUGGAGGUACCCUACAAUGGUGCCCCGAAGAGGCCGGGCUCGCCGUCGCCCCUGACCUCCCCCGCGCACAGCACUGCCUCGAGGGGCGGCCUGCUGCAUGCCUGCUGCGGCCGCUGCUAUCCCCAACGUUACCAGAGCUUGUCUUAUCAGCUCACGUCGAACGAGAGCAAGGAUAGAGUGGUGCUCGUAUAUGAAGACCGUAUACAAGUUCGGAAAAAGGACCUAAAGAAGCGCGGUUCCCACACCUGUGACAUGCAGGCCCUACAGCCACUUCCGGUCCCAACCACCACCACCACCAACACCGCGCCUGCCAUGACUACUUCCGGUGGACAGCCACCGCUUCCGGUAUCGGAGACCGCUUGAGUCGAUCACCGAGACCAAUCACGAUCACCAUAUCCGCUAUUAUGAACAAAAAAGAAAAAAAAAAACAAUAAUAAUAUCACCUUUAACAAACACCAUCACCGUCCUCCUCUUCUACUCGAUGAAAGAACAAUGGCCGACUGGCCGGAAGAACGUAAGAAAGCAGAGACAGACGCGAGAAUCGAUGGCGCCUGGAAUGGCAGGCGCCACCAUUUACCAUGAGAAACAAAGAGAGAGAAAGAGAGAGAGUUUCCACGGAGUCACUGUGAAAGAGAAAACUAUAAAGCAAACAAACGUUCAACGAACGCAGAACAUUGAAGGAUCGACGACGAUCCACGACGUCCUCGAGGAGGACGGAAGCCGCACGUUCUCGAAGGGCAAGUAUUCCGCGCGACUCGAAGCUGGACGGAAGACACGAAACCGGAGGAACGCGAAGAAGAGGACUUCCCGCCAACGAUCGAAGCCGGAAUUCUUCGUGUUUUCGAGGACGAAGAUUCGCGAAUGCACGCACACGCGCCUUCUCCUUUCUGUUUUCGCUCGCGAGAUACGUGCAUCGAUGGAUUUUAGUCCCGUCUCGUACCGCGUUAGCUGCGCCUCUUUCCGCCCGAGAACACGAGGCGCGACGCCGUUGGAACAAAACGGAAAGAAAAACGAGGAAAGAAGAACGAACGUAUCCGAACCGGAACGCCGUGAAAUCGGACGCUGGUGAAAAACGAUUCGUCGAUGCGUGCACGUUGAUCGACUUUGCCUCCUGUUCUCGCUUUGGAAAGGAGCUUUUUCAAUUUCCAGCCGAUCGGCAGAAAAUGCCGCGCGACUCGCUGAUUUCCGGCGCAACUGGCGCGCGUUCCAGCCGCCUCGUUAUUUCCGCAACGCGCGCGUCCAUCAAUCCGACCGGGAAACGAGCGUAGUCGCCAUAUAGAUCGGUCGAUCGAGUUUCGUUCGCAUCGUUCCAACGAAACGCUCACUUUCCCCGUUCCUUUGCGCUCUUUCACAGCAUCUUUCUUGGUACGUUUCCAAGAAGGACGUCGUCGGAACUUCCUCUUUCGAAUGGACGCUUCUCGCAGCGAAAAAGUAGCCGGAAGCUCCGGGCCGAAAUAAUCGAGAGGAAGGACGGUGUCAAAGAAUCGUAUCAGCGAUCUUAAACGAACGAUCCAGGCGACAGAGAAAGCGAACGAUCAACCGUCGUUUAUGAUCGUUCCAACUCUUACGAGUCGUCGUAAUUCUUUAGAGAGAGAGAGAGUUAGAGAGAGAGAAAGAGAGAGAGAAAGUUAGAGAGAGAAUGAGAGAGAGAGAGAGAGAGAGAGAGAGAGAGGAAAGAACGUCCCUUCUAGUUAUAAGGAUAAAUUCGAUUUUUAAAAAUGUCUUCGCGAAAGCGAGAGAAAUUCGAUCGAUCCUUGAAACGUACGUACGCAGUUUCUUAUAAGGAGUCUCUUAACUCGCUAGGUUUAAGUUAGCGAACGAUACAUUUUAAGGGUACGCGAAACGACCACGAUGAUCGAUCGAUUCGUCGAGGCGGAUAUAAAAAGAGAAAUAUAACAGAGCAGAAAGAAAUAUCGUAAUUUUACGAUCACGAUCGUAAAACGUAAGAACGAUGAAACGAGUAGAGUUUUCGAAUGGUAUCCACGUAGAAUUCUCGUAUUCGCUGGUGCCCUUCUAGUAUCGGGGAUGGGUGAGAUCGACGAGAAACGAUCGCGAGCGUUCGCUAGGGACCGCGUACCUUGAUACUCUAAAUAAAGUAAGAUGAUGCCCUCGUUCUUUCAAAACUCUUCGACGAGUACAGUUUUCGUUCUUUUUUUCCCUAGUUGAUAGAUUUGUCGAUCGAACAGCCGAUUCGAAUAAUCAACGGGAGUCGAUUGUGGAAUCGUUGCGCUUCAGCUGCACUUGUUCGGAAUCGUUGUCGGAUAUCGAAAGUGAACGAGCCAAUUUUUUUAAUUCUACCGCAAUUCGUAAUUAUAAAGGGAGAGAUUGGAAGAAAUAUGGGGAUGGAAGGGUGGGUCCAGCGAAUCCACGGUCGAACCUCGUUUAUCUCGGGGGAUGAAACAACGUCAGAACUUCGCAGGAACCUUCUCUCGGGCGACAAUAGGCUACGAAGAAUCGGUGUGUUUUAAUUUAAACGACGCUGUAAAUAAUCGUGGGAGGCACGGGAGGAGUCUCGUGUUGUCUGUAAUUAACUUUGUAAUUAAUUGUAAACGAUCUAACGGAGCGAAGACGAACAAAAGAGAACAAAAAGAAACCAAAAGCAGAGAAAAUAAAAGAGACAGAGAGGAUAUAUAUAUAUAUAUAUAUAAUAUGAUAAAUGAAAAUAAGAAAAGGAAUAUAUUAUAUAUAUACAUAAGGAUAUACAGAUAUAUUCUACAGGUAAACAUACACACAUACGUACACACACGCGCACACGAACGUAAAUACGUCGGAACGAGAGGAAGUACGUCAGGAGGACAUAUUAACACAUAUUACUAAUCAUAUACACACGUACACAUACAAACUUGCAGCACCCUCGCGUCGCGCAAUAAAACAAAUUCUAAAUCAACUUUCAAAAACUAGAAUGCGUGCCUGAGUGCGUGGGAGACCAACCCUCGUGAACCACCGAGCCCAACCCUUCUUUAAACUCUAAUUUAGGUGUUAAAUAUUAGCUAAUUUUAGAUGAACGAGGGUACGCGUGUUUUGGUUGCUGAAAAUACUCUUGAAAAUCGAAAGUGGAACGGAAAGGGAACAAAGGAAGGGAGGAUUUUUUAUUUUAUUAAUUUUCAUCCACGGUGGCUAUGCGCAUGGAAGCAUCACGAUACAGAUUAAAGUCAAGUGCGGCGGAAUUCUUCGAACCGCGUAGCCGAAAAUAAGAAAAAUGUAGAACAAACUAUUUUCAACGUUGAAGCGAAAAGGGGAAAAGGGAGAAUAUUAGCGAGGUCAGGAAGUUAUUAACAUAGAAUGCGAAAAAUGCAUCGUCAGAGGUGCGGCUCGGUGGUUCACGGACAAAAAAAAAGACGUAAACGUGAAUCUAAGUAAAUAAAAAAGAAAAAAAAAAGAAGAUUAUUACAUUAUAUUAAUAUGAUCGUAGAGAUAAUCGAGAAUAAUGUGUCAGGUCCUUUGUCGUCCAAAGAGCUGCAGUUGUAUCACGAGAUCGCGUAUUAAAAAGCGAAUGAAAAACUAGAGAGAAGGAAAAAUAGAGAAAAGAGUGUAAGGUUAAUGCUACGAAGAAAUCGAACGUAGCAAAACGAUGGCUCGAGCUUAAUCCGAAUUUAAACAUAAUACCUCUCUCUCGCAACACUUAAAUUAUAACGAUCCCUCGAUGUUAUCGUACAUUUUUUUAUUCCUUUCUUGUCUUAGAAAGAUUCUAAUAAAUUUAAGGAAAAGCAAGAAAAAGAAAUAAAUAUAACAAAUAUGACGUACCCAAUUUGUUGGUCGAGAAAAAUGGCUGUCCGGGUUAAGCUUCGACGCCAUGUUGCCUUUGCCAGCACGAAAUUGCUCGGGAAACUCGGUAAAAGAACGAGGAAUAAAAAAAAAAGAGAGAAGAAAGCAUAGAAAAUAAAAAUCGAUAAAAAAACGUAGCAGCGUGCGCGAGUUAUUUAGAGAUUAAUUUGCCGGAACUAAUUAGUCUGUCGUUGUUGGCGAGUUAUCGCGUUUUUACUUCCGGUUCGCGACGCAGCGAUGCACGGAGAUUUUCCGAUUCGGCAAGGGUCGCUCGCGAACCUUUUCUGCUCGGUCUUCGAUUUCGAUUACGGAUCGUCGGGAGUCCCUGGUUCGUUGAUUUCCUCCCCGUGGUUUCUCGUGGCGUUAGCCGGAAAUCGCGUCGGCGCUGCCGUUGCCGGCCAAUUCACCGGCUAAUCGAUCGGUCUCGAGCCGAGCUCUAUGCAAGCAAUUUUCGAGGAAUAAAAGAAAAUAAAGGGGAUGAAACGGUGACUCUCGUGAUGCGUGUGCACCGAGGAAAAAGCUGCUUGACAUUCUCUGCUUCCUAUAGUGGAAUACGACGGUCUUUAUAUUUACAAAAUGGAAAGAGAGGAAGAGAAAAGUAUCUCUGUUAUUUGACAUUAUUGUUUAUUUUCUGCGAUUGUUCCGAUGAUCUUUACACAUUACCUCUUUUUAUUCGCUUUGUGGUGCACAAGGAACAAGAAGAUCGAGGGAACACGCGAUCGAGGGAAGCUAGGAACAUGAAUAACGAGUCUUUCAAUUCACUACCGUACUGCCAAUUUUUCCGAUGAGACGCGUAAUAACUUUAAUAAGAGUUUAAGGCGAGGCGAACUGGCGCGACGAGCGAUACGAUUCGCGUCCACAUACGCUCGUCCGACCUUUGUUCGUCUUCUUUCGUCGCUCCGAAGUCCUGACGGAGAGCUAUCCCGCGAUGUUUCCGGAGGGACACGCCACAGAGGGUUCUACUCUUUAUCGCUAAACCAUUGCCACGGUUUUGCCUAUUAUACAUCGUAAUCUACCGCUAAAGAUAAUAGCAAUUUGCUCUAACAAAGAACAAGCGUCCGUAUUCUUUUUGAAAUCUAUAUAUUGAUCGAUAUUCAGCGAUUUAUUCCCCUGUGAUAACUCCGUCAAUGCUGCAACGCCCGAUCCAACAAAAUCCUGCGUUCCGAACACGCGUUCGAAUCGAUCGUUCUCGGUAAAUGUAAUCGACACAAAGAGAAAGAAGCGGGCACUUUCGGCUCGCACAACCAAUGGAAAAACCAACGCGAUUUUCCUUCGGUGCGAGAGGAACCGAAGGAAACUGAAUGAACCGUGGCGCGAACAUCAAAGGCGACUGAAUUCGAGCGGUUCGAUCGAUCAGCCGUGCUGCUUCCGCUUUGUUUCGCGCCGAUUAAAAGAGCCACCCUCUCCGCCGGUCCCUCCGGUGGACUUGCUUUUGCAUCGUGAACGGAAAAAGCGAUCCUUUUGUAAUCAGGACACCGUCCACAGGACCUGCGAGCGUAGCAGGAUCGGCCAAUGUUCCUGACACGCUCCACCGUGAUUGCGAUUCACGCCGUUCGACCGGGAGAUCGAGCCUGCGAAACCAAACUUCCAGGUUUUCCAGCCGCGGGAAAUUAUCCAAUGAAUACGAAAUUUCUGUUCAUUUGCAACGAGCGAAGUAGAUUCACGGGCGAAUCUUGCGUUACGCGAAAGCGUUGAGAAACCGACGGUGAAAGAUUGAGAACGAAUAGCUGUGCGAAGAUGAAAAUUCUAGAAGCUACGUUAAUUUUAAACGAUGGUUUUUCCAAGUUCGUCUCGAUGUUCGAUAAUUCUUAGAAAAGUUUCACGAUCGCGUAAUAAAUAAUUUUAGUGGAUUUCUCGAUGUUUCAUAAGUUUACUCGCAACAGUGUGACAUGCAACGUAAAGAUGUACAUUUCUAUAAACUAUCCUGCCGUUAUUGAAACUUUUACCGAGAUUCACCAGUUCCUGGACACGUGUCCCUCGUGAAACUAAAGCUCUUACAGUUUCUCAACGCAUGUAGGUUGCAAUCAAUUUCAAAGUUCCCUCUCCCGGUCGUGACUAGACAGUUUAUGUAAUCGAGCGACGAUUAAUCGAGCCAGAUUGGAAACGAGAAUAGACCGCCGGUGAUUCGAGGAUCGUCGCAACGCAGAGACCUGCGCCGGACACCGAGUUCCUCGAAGUUCCCUUCUUAUUUGUAUAUUUUUCUUAAAACCGAUCGAACAAGGGGGUCGCUUCUCCUUCGAACGUUUCUGAUCCCGUUAGUUCCACGAAUUUUAAUUAAUCCUCGAAUCGUUCGAUCGAACAUAAAACUGUCGAGCGUUCUUCUAAUCGAAGUUUUCACGCGAGAAGAACGAUCAGCGAGGUAGAAUCACGGGAAGUUCGAAAGGAAAGCGAUCAUCCUGACUGUUUUCGUAGCCUCGUGUAAAGAAACGUCGCUGAGAAAGAAUCGAAAAGGGACAAAGACGAUGGAAACUCCAGGGGAAAGAAACGCGACGAUAGUGUUCGUCGAGCGGUGUCGCGCAAACGUCUAGUUUCCGAUGCACUAACUUUAGUUUCCUAAGCGGACACGAGGACAAUUGUCUCUCCGGUCAGAGGCUCGGGGUUACGCACCGUGUUAUCGAUCAUACUUGGCAAUAACGAUAUUUUUAAUCGUACAACUGUAAAAAAAAAAGAUGGAGUAAAGAGAACAGAGAGAAACAGAUAAAAAAACAAAGGAGAAAAAUCUAUAUAUAUAUAUAUAAAUAAAUAAAUAAAUGAAUAAAUAAAUAUACAUACGUAAUAAGUGGACGGAGAAGUAAAAGAAUAAAAGAGAAAAAAAUGGAAAGGUAGUUGGAAAGACGAUUUAUCGACAGCGGUCAAGCGCCGGCACGUUGUAACAAGUACACCCGAUAGUUGUAACUAGGAACGGGAUGAAGACGUUUUAGCCGAUGGUGUUGUCCGUCUUCGGUAGCUUCCACGCCUUACUCAAAAGUGAAAAAUAAAUUGAAAUUCAUAUUUAA